CGUUAUCGCUAUCUUGCGGGCCUGCGACGCGCUCCAGCGCGUCAAGAUUGGCACGCCCGGUGUGAAUUACAGCUGCUUGCCAGUGGUUGCCAGCAUGGGAGAGAGCAAAAGGUGUGCUUGGGAAGAAGACAACAAUGGAUCAAGGUCGAAUUUCCCAGCCGAUUUGUGAGCCACCCAACUCUUAGCAGUCGCUCCUCCAACCUUUUCUCCCCUUCCCCCCAUACUUGCAAUUUCGACCUUUCGUUCGACCUUUCGACUGAGGAGUCGCCCGUUGUGUUCUUCUUUUUCUUUCCCAGAGAAGCGACCAAGGACAGCAAAGUAGCUACCUGGCUUGGAGCAAGCCCGGCGAUACACUCCUUUUCCUCUCCUCUUUUCUAUUCUCCUCUCUCCUUCAAGAGCGGCGCCAUGGCUGCGCCUAUUCGCCCCGUCCUGGCCGCCCUGUGGGAUGCCACCGCGGACUACGAUGAGCGGGACGUUGCGAUGAGGGACGGCAUCACCAAGGCUCACGGCCUGAUGGACUCUCACGAAUACUCCGAGGCUCUUCACGUCAUCUUCGAAACCGUGAGCCUCUGCCCGUGCAUGGCCCCGAGCGAUUCUGCUGCUGCCACCAGCAAUGGAAUGGCUCGCCACGGCAAAGACAAAGCGUGCCACAUCUCCCAGUUCAUCGCUGCCCUGCAGAGCGAGGACCCAGAGCACCCAAAGGCCUUGUGCCAACUGGCUAGCCAGCCCUGUUCGUGCGGUUAUUCUUGGCCGUCUUGCCCCCGUAUACUCCACGCCGUGGCUCUCGAUGCGCUCGCCGAAUGCCUCAACAAGGCCGACCAGCAUGUCAACGCUCUCUCGACCGCUCUUGGAACCAUCCGUCUCGACCCCGCCUGCGCCGUUGGCUACUGCCGCGCUGCUCGCAUCAUACAUCAGCUGCUGAUCGCGCCCGAGCAUUCGCCUGCCGCCCGCGCCAUGUCCGGCCUCCUCAAAGUUGCGAGCCUGCCCUCCGCCGAUGCGCUCCGGGAGCUCCUCCGCUCUCUCGUGAGGACUGGCCUCUACAACACGUCGCGCUCCCGCACCCGUCCCAGAGGCCCUUACUAUUUCAUCCUCCAGGACAUAGCCCACCGGCUCAAGAUUAAGGAGGCUCGGAGAGACCCCGUCGAAUGGUUUCCAGCCGAAGUGCUGACCCUUAUAUUCUCGCAUCUUGACAUCACGAGUCUCAUCAAAUGCCUCUCUGUCAGCAAGCGAUGGAACCAGCUGGUGCGGCGCGAUUCAGUGCUCUGGGAAGACCUGAGACUCAACCGCCCGAGAAAUCCCGGUCGCUUCCUGGCCAAGUUCCUGCAGCAGCAUCAGGAGAUUAGGACCUUUGUGGUCUACGAGUCCUCUUCGUUCUCACUGAACGGCUCCAAGAUCAGCACGAUAUUCUACGGCCUGCCCAGACUGCAGAGGCUGUACCUCACCGCCCUGCCCCGACCCUCGGAGCUGCCCGGGCUUGACUUCCAGUUGAGGCAGGCGCCUGGCGCGAGCCUUACUCAGCUCACCCUCGUCUACUUUUACAAUCAGCGCCCUGUCAAGAAGCUCCUCGAUCUCACCUGCAACACUCUUGAAGUGCUUGAUCUCGUCGGCACGGAUUUCGAGGUGAACAACACGCUCGGUUCCGUCUUUCUCCCAAGACUGAGGAAGCUCCGCGUUACCCUGGGACACCUGACCAAGAGCCACCACCAAAGGGGGGUUAUUGAAAUGAAACCCAUCGUGAAGGCCACACCAAGACUGGAACAAUUCUUCCUUGACGGGUUUACCAUCCAGUGGUUUGCAGAGGACGACGACGAGUUGCUUCGCUUGAACGAGGAUGAUGCAGCCGCAACCUGCAAAGACGACCUCUGGCCCUCCCUCAACACGCUCGUGCUCGGUCCGCGCGUGCUCCUCUCAGUUAAUGGAAUCUUUGCCGCUUAUAAAGAAUUUAGCGCCCUACCUCCAUUGACCAGCAACAUGCGAUCCAUAGAGAUCCUCUGCCAUGACCCUGCGGUUGCGCACAACGUCUUGUUCGCCGUAGAUUCGGCGCCGCACCCCGACAACCCCGAUGGCCCACUCCCUGUCACACCCAUGCCCAACCUGGAGGUGUUUCGCUGCACGACGCAACUUCUCACGCGCAGCGGCCUGCGGCAGAUUCUGGAACCAGCGGCAAAGUCGGGCGCCUUGAAGGUUCUCGAGUUGGCCGCCGAGCCGUUUCUGUUGUUCCCCGAUGAGGAAGGCGGGGGGCACGAACGUGUGCCUUUUCAACCCAAGGUGCACCUCGACUACGUCGUCUCCCCCAACCUCCACACCCUGGGCCUCCGCGACUUCAACUGCCUCCGCUACCCAGACGACCCCUGGAACCCCCCCGACCUCUUCGACGGCCAGCCCUUCAUCGACUGGCUGGACUCUUUCCCCAGCCUGCACACCGUGGCCGUGUACCCGGGCCCGUGGGCUGGCGUCGACGAGUUCAUCAUGAAGCUGAUCAAGCACCCCCGCGUCCAAGUCAUUCAUCAGGACGUGCUGCGCGGCGUCGCCUGGGACAGGGCCGUCCAGCUGGCCGAGACAGUUGAGGUCCAGUUGAACCACACACCGCGCUACAUGCCUGCCGGGUGGCCCCUCAUUGAGGACUGAUCGGGCUCCCGGCGCAGCGAGAGCGGCGCGGCAGCUGGAGUGUGGAUGCUUCCCGCGUUGUUAACGGGGAAGAAAACAUGA